GUUCCUUUCGUGCUGCGAUAGGCUAAUUCACAAGCUUUCCCGUCUUGAGACCAAUAUUAGAUUACAGUCUCAGAGUCCACAAAGGCAGCAGCAGAACAAAAGUAAAAAGCGCCCACAUCCGCACUCACUCCCAUUCCCUCCAGAUUCCCAUAUCCCCACCCGCCCCUCGAGGGAAAAAAAAAAAAACAAAAACAAAGCCCGAAUCCACCGGUCUCUUCCUUCUUCUCCCUUGUCCCUCUCCUCCGCCUAUCUCCACCGAAUUCCCUUCAAUUAGUGAUCGGAGGAUUAGGGUGCGGAGACUGAUGCGGAAGGGGUCGAAGAGCGGCGUGUGCCGAUCGGCGGCCCAUCGGCUCCUCAAGGAGAGGGCCAAGAACCGGGUGGACGACCUCCAGGGCUUGCUGUCCGACCUCCAGGCCGCCCGCAAGGAGAGCCGCACUGCCGACGCCGCCCUCCUCGAGGAGCAGGUGCACCAGAUGCUCCGCGAGUGGAAAGCCGAGCUCGAUGAGGCCUCCACCGCUUCCUCCUUGCUCGGGAAUAGCGAUGCAUCUUCGGAUCUUUCCUCGUACAUCCGCCGCAUGCUGCAGCUGAAUGAGGAGGAGGACGACGCGACGAGCAAGUUGGCGGAGCUGCCGCCCACCGCCAAUCCGAAGCUCGAGCCACUGGCGGUGCUGGGGUCCGACGUAGGUGGAGGGGCUACUGCCUUCCUCGAUGAAUAUUUUGUGUCUCAGGAACUACCUGAACAUGGAUUUCUAGGGGCGGAGCGGUAUAAAAGCUCUCUGUCAACAGGAGUGCAACAGGGUGCCUUAAAUUGUCUGGAAGGGAAUACUAAUGCUGACUAUCAGCAGUUCAGUCUGCAUCAGGAAUUACACCACAGUGUAUUUACUGGUUUUGAUGCUAGCAGGCAGAAUGGAGGGUUUGUUGUACCACUGAUCUCGGAAUUUAUUCCAGCAUUAUGCCCUCCACCUUCUGCUUUCUUAAUGCCAAAAUGUGCACUCUGGGACUGUCCUAGGCCUGCUCAAGGAUCAGAAUGGUACCAAGAUUAUUGCAGCAGUUUUCAUGCUACUCUAGCAUUACAUGAAGGACCUCCUGGUAUGACUCCCGUGCUGCGUCCUGGUGGGAUUGAUUUGAAGGAUGGUCCACUUUUCGCUGCUCUGACUGCCAAGACACAAGGAAAGAAUGUUGGUAUACCAGAAUGUGAAGGGGCAGCAACCGCUAAAUCUCCUUGGAAUGCGCCCGAGCUCUUUGAUCUUCUAGUUCUCAAUGGUGAAUCACUUAGAGAAUGGCUCUUCUUUGAUAAGCCUCGAAGGGCAUUUGAGAGUGGGAACAGGAAACAAAGGUCACUGCCUGAUUACAAUGGGCGUGGUUGGCAUGAAUCUAGGAAGCAGGUGAUGAAGGAAUUUGGAGGAUUGAAGAGGUCCUACUACAUGGAUCCUCAACCCCUGAGCCAUUAUGAGUGGCAUCUGUAUGAAUACGAGAUCAAUAACUGUGAUUCUUGUGCCUUAUACAGGCUGGAACUCAAACUUGUUGAUCCAAAAAAGAGUGCCAAAGGAAAAGUAAUGACCGAUUCACUUGUUGAUCUGCAGCAGCAGAUGGGAAGGCUCAAUGCUGAGAAUCCUGUGGAUAACAAGCAGUCUAUUAAGGGAAGGGUGAAAAUUAAACAAAAGGAUGCUGCUGAAAAUGCUUAUUUGGCUUCAGACAUGGUCAAUCAAAGGGAACAUUCACAAAAGCUAUACUCAACUUUGGAUGAGAAAGCUCCUAUAGAUGAAAACCUUGGUUACGGGCCAAGCAUACCAUUUGCUUACCCUGUCAAUAAUUUGAAUAACUAUUAUAAAACGUAAGUCAGGAUAUUUGAGCAGCCAAUGAAAUGGUUGUCAUCUUGCAAGAAUGAAUUUAGUAACUGAUUGUUUCGCUUAGACAACCAAAUGGCUCCAACUUCCUGAUAUACCCAGUUAUCUUUCAGGCCAGUUUCAUUAGUUACUCUAAACGGGAGCUACUGAUAUUUAGAUCACCAUUAUAUGGAGAAAGUAAUAUGUAUCCUUGGCAAUGGUAUUCUGUGGUAGUAAUUGAUGAAUAAUGAUUGACAGCGGUUCUAUCAGAGCAUCUACAAUUGCUUUUCCAAGAUGGACAAGGACAGGCAUCUAGCAGCAUGCUCACACCAGAACUGUAUAGGUGAAGAUGGCAAGUUAUUUGUAGCAUCAUAUGCUUAUAAUAUCUCUAAUGUCUUGGUUGUAUGGAUUCUGGCUUACUUUUAGGAGUUUGGAAAGAUCUUUUUGAAUGCCUCUAACAGAUGCAAUCGGCAUCCAAUUGCUUGUUUCUCUUGCAACACCUGUCAAUCACAUGUAGCAGAUUUGUCUGUUCUCAGCUCAAAGGGCUAUUGGCUGACCUUUUUCAUGAGUUAGCCUUCUAAAGUGUUGUGUGUAUUUUGUAUAUGCUUUUAAACACUUUUUUUGAUUUUUCUACAUUGAUGUUUAUGUUUGUUAUAAACAGGUGCUUUAACUAUAAGAAAGCAAAGGUUUUACAUGUUCAGUAUCAACUUAGAAACACAUCAACGUGUUUCAGAUUU